CAUUCUCGUGCUGCUGCCCCCCAUUCUCGUGCUGCCCCCCAUUCUCGUGCUGCCCCCCCUCUCGUGCUGCCCCCUCCCCACAUCGCGACCGCCCGUACGGUGCCACCGCUCUCUCACGACCUCCCCCUCUCUCCUCUCUCCUCCUCCUCCUCCCACUCUGCAUGUUGAACUUCGUUCGCACCGUACAUAGCCACACGUAACUCCCUCGCCUCGCCUUCCCUUGCAGCUGCCCCCCCUCCCUUUGCACGUCGAUGGACGACCAAGAGGCUCACGGGGCAGGGGCGGCAGCAGCAGCCCUGCCCCCCCGGGGCGAGGGGGGCUGCCCCCCGUUCGUGAAGUCCCCGCAGUGGCUGGAGGCGCUGCGAUGUCGCCUGAGUCGCUGCUCCCAGGGGCACGCCCUGGCCUUCUGGGACGCGCUGGCGGGCCCCGAACGGGAGGCCCUGGCACGCGAGCUGAGCGAGGCCGAGUUGGAGGCCCUGGGGCCCGCGCUCGGCGAGGCGCUAGGCCGCGGCGAGGCGGCGGCCGGGCAGCCCGGGCAGCCCGGGCAGGCCGGGGCAGUCCUCGAACCGUUGCCCGCAGAGCUGUGCGGCAGCAGCAUCGCGUCUGACCCGGGGAGCCUGCGAGACUGGGAGGAGCACGGGCUGCUGCAGGUGGCCGAGGGCCGCGUGGCCAUCGUGCUCCUCGCCGGGGGCCAGGGGACGCGCCUGGGCGUGCCCUACCCCAAGGGCCUCUACGAUGUGGGGCUGCCCUCCCACAAGCCCCUGCUGCAGCUGCAGGCCCAGCGCAUCCUGCGCCUGCAGCGGCUCGCCGAGGAGAGGCACGGCAAGCGGGGGGCCCUGCCCUGGUACAUCAUGACGUCGGGCCACACGCGGGAGCCCAUGCUGGCGUUCCUGCGCGAGCGCGGCUUCCUGGGGCUGUGCAAGGACGACGUUCGCCUCUUUGAGCAGCGACAGAUCCCGGCGCUCACCCCCGACGGCAAGGUCAUCCUGGAGACGCGGGGACGCCUCGCCAGGGCUCCCGACGGUAACGGAGGGCUUUACCGCGCGCUGGGGGACAGCGGCGUGCUGGCCGACAUGGAGGCCCGUGGCGUGCGCUACGUCCACGCGUACUGCGUGGACAACAUCCUGGCCCGCGUGGGGGACCCUCUCUUCCUGGGUUUCUGCGUCCGCAAGGGGGCGGACUGCGGGGCCAAGGUGGUGGAGAAGCAGUCCCCCGACGAGGCAGUGGGCGUGCUGUGCCUGUCGGGCGGCCGCGCCCGCGUGGUGGAGUACACCGAGCUGGGCGCCGAGCAGGCCCGCGAGCGCGACCACUCCGGCAGGCUGCGCCUCCGCGCGGGCAACAUCUGCGUCCACCACUUCACCCUCGACUUCCUCAAGCUCGUCGUCAGGGAGUUCGAGCCCCAGCUACCGUUCCACGUGGCCCACAAGAAGAUUGCGCACGUGGACGAGAGCGGGAACCGGGUGGAGCCCACGAAACCAAACGGCAUCAAGAUGGAGAAGUUCGUGUUCGACGUCUUCCCCUUUGCAAAGAAGUUCGUGCAGUUUGAGGUUCGCCGCGAGGACGAGUUCUCCCCGCUCAAGAACUCGGACUCCGCCGGCGUCGACUGCCCCAGCUCCUCGCGGCGCCACCAGAUGGCUCUGCACUACCGGUGGAUCCAGGGGGCGGGUGGAAGGAUCGUGGACGAGCAAGGGAACGAUGCCCCCAGCCCCGCGGAGGAGAGUGAGACGCCCACGAUCUGUGAGAUCUCCCCACUCAUCUCCUACAGCGGAGAGGGUCUGGAGUCGCACGUGAAGGGACGCAUCCUGCGCUCCCCCUUCGUCCUCGGCGACCCCUGACCUCGGAAAUCCGCGGCAGCCUCCGGCCUUCGCGCGUUGUCACGCGCCGGGCUGCCAAACGCAGAAAAGCUUCAAACCUCACCACCACCCCCACCCCACCCACCCCACCCUGGAUUUCACAUCUUGAGAAAAUGAAGCGAGGAAUUCUUGAACAAGAGAGACACUUGCACAGAUUUUUUUCAAUCGUGUGCCUCCGCACAUUUCUAUUCACUCUUGAUUGUAAAGGAAGAAGGGGUUUUCGGCGUAAUCUCGCCUCAUCGAUAUAAGAGGCGACUUUUAGUGGCAUCUUGGGUUCGCAAUGGCCGUGUCAGCGACGCUGUCCUAGCGCUACUGAGAUCCUGGCAUCAAGCCCUGAGUCUGGGUGUCUCCGAGGGUCCAUGACGGCCAUGUUAAGAGAUGCAUUGAGCCAUCGGAGCUGAGACCGCUGGGUUGGAAUCUACCUACCCAGCUACGUGCGAUCAAACCAGGUUCUCGAAUGCAUGUUUGAACAUCUUUCGCACCGUACGUAGCCAACCAUCCUAACGGGAGGUGCGGGCGGGGGGGGAAAGGACAACAAACUGAACACAAAGCGGUUUUAAAUAAAUGAGUUUUCAAUCUAGAUUGAAAUGUACAUAGCUCUGGUGGCUUUCUAAUAUCGGAGGGAGGAGGGUUCCAGACGGCCGCCGAAGUGCAUCCGAAAGCGCUGCGUGACGAUGCGGUGACUGCCAAAAGCCGCCGCCGCCGCCGCGAGGCUGACGCGGAGUUCGCGUGACGACGGUUUACGCCCCUUGACGAGAAAAGUGCACGGCUAGCUUGCCGGGGCGAGAGGGAGGUGCCCAUCGCGUGAGGCGACGUGGGACUCCUGGGCACGUGAGGCGACGUGGGAUUCCUGGGCACGUGAGGCGACGUGGGAUUCCUGGGCACGUAAGCCGGCGGCUACUCUGCACGGCGCGAAUCCUUCACGCAAGGCGACGACGCCCUGACGAGGCCCUGACGAGGCCGUGACGACGCCGUGACGACGCCGUGACGAUGCCCUGACGAAGCUGUGACACGCUGAUGACGCUGUGAUGAAACCGUGACGACGCUGUGACGUCGCUGUGACAAAGCCGUGACACGCUGUGACGAUGCUGUGACGACGCUGUGACGACGCUGUGACGAUGCCCUGACAAAGCUGUGACACGCUGAUGACGCUGUGAUGACGCUGUGACGACGCCGUGAUGACGCUGUGACGACGCCGUGAUGACGCUGUGACGACGCCGUGAUGACGCUGUGACGACGCCGUGACACGCUGUGACAAAGCCGUGACAUGCUGUGACGUCGCUGUGACAAAGCUGUGACACGCUGAUGACGCUGUGAUGACGCCGUGAUGACACCGUGACGACGCCGUGACAUGUGAUGACGCUGUGACGACGCUGUGAGGACGCUGUGAGGACGCUGUGACGCUUCAAGAUCGGAGACUCCUGCCUACCCCAAGGGGGCCCCACCUUAGAGCUUGCGGCACAUCCAGCGUUUGUGUGUUGAACUUCGUUCGCACUGUACGUAACCAACCGUGCAGGGGAAGGACAACAAACUAAACACAAAAUACAGUUUCAAAGAUGUGAGUUUUCAAUCUAGAUUUUAAACGUGGGCAUGCGAUUAGCACGGUUGGCUACGUACGGCGCGAAAGAACUUACGCACACUAAGAAGGAUGUGGGGAGAGAAAGUGGAGUUUUGAGGUCGCUUGUGCCUACAUUUAAAAAGCAUUCCUGGGGGUGUAAUCGGUGGAAUAUACGUGCAGAGGAAACUUGUUUGUAUGUUAUAUUUACAAGUAAUUAAAAGUCACUACAGCCGUGAUGAUGCUGA